AUGGCUUCGUGCGGGGAGGAUGUUUACGCGACAUUGUUGUUGAACGACUCCUACCUCGCAGGUGCCUUGGUCCUGGCCCACUCGUUACGGGAUGCCGCCACCACCAAGAAGUUGGCCGUGUUGGUGACGACAGAGACGGUAUCUGCAGAUGCUAUGGUUCAGCUCCAGAAGGUGUUUGACUUUAUCAUUCCCGUCGAGAGAUUCGUCAACCAGUCCCCGGCGAACCUGUCUCUUAUGAAUCGCCCGGAUCUGCAUUCGACCUUCACCAAGAUUGCAUUAUGGAAGCAGCUCCAGUUCCGUCGGAUUGUCUACAUGGACGCAGACAUGGUGGCUCUCCGUGCUCCAGACGAGCUGUUCGACCUGUCCCAACCGUUCUCCGCGGCCCCUGAUAUUGGCUGGCCGGAUAUCUUCAAUACGGGUCUGAUGGUCUUGAACCCAAACAUGGGCGAUUAUUAUGCGCUGCUGGCUAUGGCAGAGCGGGGCAUAUCUUUCGAUGGUGCAGAUCAAGGCCUGUUGAACAUGCACUUUAAGAACAACUUCAACCGCUUGAGUUUCACUUACAAUGUCACCCCGUCGGCGCACUACCAGUACCUACCAGCAUUCCAGCAUUUCCAGUCCAGCAUCAGCGUCGCACACUUCAUUGGUGCAGAGAAGCCUUGGAGUCAAGGAAGACAAGCGCAUCAAGGGUCUACACCAUAUGAUCAGAUGGUUGGGAGAUGGUGGGCGGUCUAUGACAAACACUACAAAGAAUCCUCUGUGCAGAGCUCAUACCAAGGAGCACAGUCGAUUGUGCAGUAUUAUACCAAGGGGGAGUUCCAACCUGUGGCCCCCAGUGUCUCGAGUGGCCAGGAAUACCAGCCUGAAAAGGUCGAGAGUGAGACUUGCCCGCCGAUCGCCGAUGAGCCGCUGGGAGAGGGAAUAUCAGAAAGCCCGAAGCAAGAAGCAAAAGCUUACGUUCCGCAAGUUGAAACGAAUAUGGAUCAGCGUGAGGGGCCCGAGGGCGAAGCUCCUCAAGUCCAGUAUUCAGCCUGGGAUGCGAGCAGAGCACCACCCCCAUCUAACUCUCGGCCUGAAGCCUCCAACUUUCCUGCAACUCACUAUGAUAUGUCUUCAGAUCCCACACCGUGGAAGGCCCCAGAACGGUACCCUGACCCGCCCAAGAACAUGUACUAUGAAGUCCCCAAAACUCCCACGCACCAGGAGCUGGUAUUUAGUUUCCCAUGGGAGAAGGAUCCCUCCAGGCCAAAGAGGUUUUUCCCCGAAGACAACCUGGAAGUGGCUACCGACUCCCAGAGCUUCAGUGAGGCAUCGACCGUUCCGGAUUACACAGAAAGACAGAUCGUCACACCUAAGAAUCCAGUCUUUCAGUUCACGCCUGCUGAUCCAUGGAAUACAUUCGCGCGUGGAAAUGCCUGGGAUGAUGUGCCCGGAAUUGAGCGAUACAUCGAGGAUUUACAGAAGAAUCGCAAGGGAAAUAUCCAGGUGUUGCAGGGGUAUGGCUCAGGGAUAGCACAGGUCUCCAGUCCGGACGGCAGACGGCACGGUAUGAGGCUCACGGACUUUCCAUCUGAGUAUGAACGACCAAGUUUGCCCGUGACCCCAGCUCCGAUCAGGAGACCUACUUUCUGGGGUGAAGAGCGAAAUUCAGAAGGCCAACUGCCGGCUGCUGAGGGUGUCCCUUCCCAGGCAGAUUGGGAUCCGGUGCUGCAGCUUGAGCGACUUGCUCAGCGCCAAUCUGAUGUAAUAGCCAAUAAAUUGGGGAAUGGUGGCAUCCCUGCGCGGGAGAUUCCCUUGCGACCCCUGCCUCAUGGCUCCGAGGGGGUAAUUUCUCCAACGUACGUCGCUCCAACUCCGCCCAGCGCGAAAAAGGUGUCCGAUGAGGUUACGAGAAGUGCCAUCGAGGAGCCCAGUUUCCAAGGACCGGGCGCGAUGUGGGAGAAGGGCGAGACGUUCCCGACGUACGGGACAUCUCAGUUGCCGACAGAUGAGGAGAGAGAUGUCCUGGAUAAUUAG